UCUUCCUCGCGCCGCCUGUCUUGGGCGGGCCAGUAGCCGGCCUCCCCGGGAUUCCACGCCGUCUCCUCGGCCGGCCCCUGGGAACUGAGGCUUCGGCCCGCCAGGGUGAGCGGAUCUGGGCCCGCGGAGGGUUGGCCGCCUCAGUCCCCAGCUCCGUGCCCAGGCCCUGCCCCUCACACGCCACCCCCUUCUCCACGAAGAGACAGCGCCGGGAGCGCCCGCCGGCAGAGCGAUGCCGCACAACGCCAGCCACCAGGACGGCACGGUCCGUGGCGAUCAGACCUGGAAGGAGCAGGACAGGGACAGGGAGGGAGAGUGGGUAGGCGAAGGGAGCGGCCCAGCCUGCAAUACCUCCUCCCCAUUCCCCCCUGAGCCUCCAGGGGCUGCAGGCAGCAGCACCCCUGUCUACUAUGCCCUCCUGGCCACCGUGGUGCUCGGUCUGCUUGCCUAUGUGGCCUUCAAGUGCUGGCGCUCCAAUCAGCAGAGACGGCAGCUGGCCAAAGCGCGGGCUGCAGAGCCGGGCGGCCUCGACGGGGCCCCGGGGCCCCAUGCCCCCAGCCAGGGGCCACAGCCGGAGCUCGGCGGCCAGCUUUACCUCCAUCUCCCUCGGCAGCAACGGGAGGAAGUGGAGCGGCUCCUGGGAGGGCCGGGCGACCCCCACAAGGGCUGGCAGGGCCUGGCAGGCCGCCUGGGCUUCCAGACCGAGGCUGUGGAGACCCUGGCCCGGGGCCGGGGGCCUGCCUGUGCGCUGCUGAGGGACUGGGCCGCCCAGGGAGGCAGCGGCGCUACCCUCAGCGUGCUGGGGGAGGCCCUGGCCGCCCUGGGCCGUGAAGACGUGGUCCAGGUGCUGGGCCUCCCGCCUGGGGGCUGCUCUGUGGUGUGAGCCAGGCCCCCGGAGCCUGGCCUCUCGGGUGCACCCUGUGCUCCCCACCACGCCCUCCCCCAUGCUUCCCUGCCAUGGGCUUCCUGGCGCGGGCGGGCCCCGCCUGCUCCAUCUGGAGGGACUCAGGUGCAGCCACCGCCCUCCUCCCCUGGCCCCACGUUCCUCUGAGACGGAGACGGAGACGUGGCUGUGGGAGAUGGGCAGGACCGUGGGCCUGUCCUCCUGCUCCCUGUCCGCUCCCCUUCCUGGCCUUAACCCUUUUCCUACUUUUGUAUCACAGUAAAGGCAGCUCUGGUUACUGUGCGGGCUCUGUCUGGCUCCGGGGCCUGUGAGAUAGUGGGUGGUAGGAGGCUGGGGUCCUGAGUUACAGGAGGAACCUGGGCUGCAGGCCGUGUGUUCCUGUGCAGGAUGCAGAACUGUGGGCUCAGCGCAGAGUUCACCUCCAGCAUCUGCUGCAAACUCCACCCUCAGGCGAACUCUGGACUCCGGCAGCGUCAGACACGCAUGCUGACUAGCUCUGAGGGAACACACACACCACCUUCUUUAAUUAAUUUUAUUUUUUACAUAAAAAGUUCAGUAAAAAUUGGAUAAAGUAAAGUGAUUUUAAGCAGUAAAUCAAUCUUAUCAACAUAGCACGAGGCUGGCCGAACCACAGGCGGCCUGCUUUGGAGUAUUUACAUGAUAACAAAUUAAACCUUGCAGGAGCACUUCAACCGUCCUUACAAAGUCUUCUGUGAUCCUAGCAUGGAAAGGCUAAAAGCAAAACAA